UACAUCGCGUUUGUUAUUCGCAGUAAUAAUUUUGAAUGCAGAAAGUUUUAGCAAGAAUGAAAAAUUCGUACAAGUGAUUCCAACGUGUCCAUCCUGUUUUGAGGGUUGAUCGAAGUGUUAGAAUUUCAUCAGUAUUCGGUAGCUAUUCGUAGAGAGUCUUUAAAUCCGUCGUGUGAAAAAAAAAGAUAAAAGACUGGGUUUUCGGAUUAAAGUUUGUGAAUUAGCGGUAUAGGAUCCUGUACCACAGUAAAUAUGGAUUAUUUGGCUGGCUGACCACUGGGAGUGAUUAUCAAUCAGAGACGUCAAUUUCGAUUUGUAUUAACAAAUUCAUCGAGAAAAUAAUAAUCCCCCGAAGAAGGCUUGGCAGAACGGCGGACACUAGGCAGGUAGCGGCGAGAGCAGAGUCGAAGGAGAGAGGUGGGCCGGUUCAGACACAGGGAAGCCGGAGGUAGGGGAAGGGGUCUAGUUGCGGUCCCAGUACUCGGGCCUAACAACCUACCAACCAGUCCUCGGAGAAACGCGGCCGAUGCCAGAGCGGCCGUUUACCCUUUCGAUCCAGCAGCCACUAACGCGUUGAUACUGUGCCGUUCCGUUUUCGUUCGAACAUUGAAUUGCUAACGAUUCAAUUAAAAUUGACAGGAUAAUAGCCACCACUUGUUACAGCGCGAGUGCCGACUGGUUGAUACGGUAGGAACCGUCGAAAGAUCGUCUCGCCUCCAAUGAAUGGAUUACCAGUUGGAUUAUUUUAGCCCGGGCGCUUUGGAUGUACAGUGUCUUUUAUUCUCAAGUGAAAACUAGAUAGUGAUGAGUGAUGUGAGAUAGUUAUUAGCAAGAGGGCCCGGAGCCGUUACAAGAUAGGGUUAAAUUGAAUUUGAAGUGCGCGAGUAACAUCAACAAAGUGUAUGCAAAGAUAAGAGUGCAAAGAUGCAGGGUAGUCCUGCCUUCUUCGCGAUACUACUGGGCACGAUAUUUGGAGUUCUCGGAGCCUCCCUUAGCAAAGCUCUCAGAUACAAAGCACCCGAUGAAUGCAAGUGGGUCGCGACCGGGGAAACGGAAGACGACGUCUCUCUCGUUUGCCGUCUGAGAACCAUCAAUAGCGAGCUGGAGAACACAAAUUUCAGCGUGAUCCAGCCGCAGCAUACGGUGCGUCUGCGGCUGGAGUGUAGCGAUGCGUUAUUUUUUCAGAGUUCGCUUAGCGCCGGUAGUUUCAGACCGUUGGUGGAACUGCGAGAGCUUGCCAUAGAGUAUUGUAAGAUCGGGAAUCUUUCCGAUGACGCCUUCCGGGGUCUCAAGGAACUGAGAAACCUGACGGUGCGCACCCACAACACGGACUGGUCUGCGAUGGCUCUAGACGUAUCCGCUGGCGCCUUUAGCGUAGAACUUGCUCAACUUGAAAGACUUGACCUCGGAGAAAACAACAUGUGGAGUAUACCGGAGGGCACCUUAUGCCCCCUGUUGAAUCUCGAGGUUCUCAAUCUAACGCGUAACCGGUUACGAGAGGUGACCAGCUUCCAUUUUGGAACCGGCGCUAGGUGCGCCCCGGGAUUGCGCGAGCUGGACCUGAGCAACAACAGCAUCGAGUCGCUGCCCGCCGCUGCCUUCUCCGGUUUGUCACGGUUACAUAGCCUCGAUUUACGCAGCAAUACGAUCACCUUUCUCGCCGAUCGAGCCCUCGAGGGUCUCUCCUCGCUCGAGGUACUAAAGCUGUCCGACAAUCGACUAGCGAGCUUGCCACCCGAACUCUUUACCGACACGAGAAACAUCCACGAAAUUCAUUUGCGCAAUAACACUUUGAGCGUCCUUCCGCCCGGGCUAUUUGGCGAGUUAACGCAGCUUCAAGUGCUUGAUUUGUCGCGGAAUGAGCUCAGUUCCGAAUGGAUUAACGCAGUGACGUUCGACGGGCUGGUUCGUCUCGUCGUCAUGGAUCUGUCCCACAACAGAAUUGCCAGGCUGGAACCGGCUGUGUUCCGCGACCUGUACAGCCUGCAGAUAUUACGGCUGCAGGGUAAUUUAUUGGACAACCUAUCGGAGAAUACGUUUUCUGCACUCAAUAAUCUGCAUAUCCUCGUACUCAGCGAUAAUCACCUAACCGCGAUUGACGCUGGUACAUUGAGCGGCCUCCACGUCCUCAGUCUUCUCUCUCUGGACAACAAUCGACUGAAUAGUCUUCAUCCGAACUCGCUGAAGAACGUCUCAUCCUUGCAAGACUUCCAUCUUAACGGUAAUAGACUGUCGACAAUCCCGGAGGCUUUGAAGGCGACCCCAUCAUUGCGUACCUUGGAUCUCGGUGAAAAUCUCAUAUCUGAGAUUCCAAACGGCACCUUCGAUGAUAUGCAACAACUCUACGGACUUCGAUUAACCGAAAACCAUAUCGGAAAUUUGACAAAGGGCACUUUCGAGAGGAUCACAGCUCUCAAAAUAUUAAAUCUGUCGAGAAAUCGAGUCCAGUAUAUCGAGGUUGGGACCUUCGACGCCAACACGAAUCUCCAAGCUAUAAGAUUGGAUGGGAAUCAGUUGACGGACAUAGUCGGACUGUUUACGGGACUUCCGAAUCUAGUGUGGUUGAAUGUGAGUGACAAUCGUUUAAAGGUGUUUGAUUACGCGAUGAUACCGACGGGACUGCAGUGGUUGGAUAUUCAUUCCAACGAAAUCAACGAGUUGGGUAAUUACUUUGAAAUCGAGUCUCAGCUUCAGUUGAGCACUUUCGACGCGAGUUACAAUAAGUUGACCGAGAUAACCGGGAGUGCUAUCCCGACAAGUGUGGAACAGCUUUUCCUGAAUAACAAUUUAAUAUCAAAAGUGCAGAGUUAUGCGUUUUUCAAAAAGCCAAAUUUAACGCGAGUGGACUUGAAAGCUAACCAAAUACGCAACUUGGAACCUUAUUCGUUGAGGAUUAGUGUAGUGCCGCAUACCAAAUCUCUACCGGAGUUCUACAUAGGUGGAAAUCUGUACUUAUGCGACUGCACGAUGGAAUGGCUACAGAGAGUGAACCGACAAACUCUAACUAGGACUCAACCCCGAGUGAUGGACCUGGACAGUAUAGAUUGCAAACUUCUAUACGAUAGAAAGCGCGUCUUUGUACCCCUAAUGGAAGCUACGCAUUCACAGUUCCUCUGCAAGUACGAGACUCACUGCUUCGCGCUUUGUCAGUGCUGCGACUUUGACGCGUGCGAUUGCGAGAUGACAUGUCCGACAAAUUGUACUUGCUACCAUGAUCAAUCGUGGUCAACGAACGUGGUCGACUGCUCGUCCGGAGGUCACGUCGGAAAGCUACCGGAGCAAAUACCGAUGGACGCGACUCAGCUUUACCUGGACGGUAACGACUUGAGGAUAGUGUCUAGUCACGCUUUCAUCGGACGGAAGAAACUGAAAGUGUUGUUCCUGAACGCUUCGAACAUCGAGAUGGUCCAGAACAGGUCGUUCAACGGGCUGCGUGAGCUGGAGGAUCUUCACCUACAAGAUAACCGGAUCCGUGAGCUCAGAGGCCACGAGUUCGAGGGAUUGGAUGAAUUGAAAACGUUGCUACUUCAGCAGAACAAGAUCGCAUCGAUCGCCAACAAUACCUUCGCGCCCCUGCGUUCUCUGUACACUCUCAGACUGGAAGGAAAUCAUCUGACCAAUCUGGCUCUCUCGUCGCUACCAAAGCCCAUUAACCUCACUAUAUCCCGUAAUCCCUGGUCCUGCGACUGCGAAUAUCUGCAAAUGUUUCAAAAUUGGCUUCGUAGCACGGUAAGCCGGGUUACCGACGCUUCGGAUCUACGAUGCGUCUACAAUACGACCGAAUUCGAAGCCUACGGCGAGGAGACGUUCAACGAUGACGAGUUUGGAUUCUCGUUGUCCAACAACAACAGUUCUACGUGCACGGGCCUUGCCGCCAUCGAAAACAGCAUACGUGGUAAUCGGACCAAAAUCGAACCUCAGGCUCUUCACGAUUAUCUUCCACUACUGGUGGCAACCCUAUCCGCAUUUUUCAUCACAAUGCUGCUCUGCAUGCUGGCAUUCAUAUUUCGUCAGGAGCUUCGCGUCUGGUUUCACUCGCGUUUUGGAGUGAGAAUAUUCUACAGAGAAUCCGAGGUCGACCGAGAGGACAGAGACAAGCUGUUCGACGCCUUCGUUAGUUAUAGCUCAAAGGAUGAGGAUUUCGUUGCCCACGAGCUAGCCCCCGUCUUAGAAAGGGGAAACCCUGCGUACAAACUGUGUCUACACUAUCGGGACUUCCCCGUGGGAAAUUUCAUAGCCGACACCAUAGUACAAGCGGUGGAAUCCUCGCGGAGGACAAUCAUGGUACUCUCAGAGAACUUCAUCAAAUCGGAGUGGUGUAGAUUCGAAUUUAAGUCGGCUCACCAUCAGGUCUUGAGGGAUCGCCGACGCCGACUUAUCCUUGUGCUAGUCGGCGACGUCCCGCAACGGGAUCUGGAUCCUGAUAUCCGACUGUAUCUCAAAACAAACACGUACCUGCAGUGGGGGGACAAAUUAUUUUGGGAAAAACUGAGAUUUGCCUUACCCGACGUCCCCAAUAAUCAGCGGAGUCCACAGCAGAGAAGACAACCGCCGCCGGUCCGACGGCAACACAACAACCGGACAGCAAACGUUCAACGUACAGUUGCUGUGCACAUAUGAGUGAAAACUAAUUAACCAAACUUUUAAACGAAAUAUUUUAUAUUUUCAUAUGAAUGUAAAACAGUGAUAUGAAUUUGUUCCCACACAGGGCCCGAAGGACACGCGAUCCAUUCGUCGGAAGUGUUUGGUGCAAUAAUUUCUGGAUGGGUGUACAUAGUGCAAGAAUGAAUGGAUGAUACCCUUAAAACUUUAAAUAAAAUGUGCGUGGCACGCUAAAGUCUGUAAAUAAAUUUUUAACGAUUAAGAUGCGAUUGAGGAGAAUGGAAUUGUUGAUAUUUUAAAAUUAUAUUAUAGCUGUGUAUAUUCGAGUGAGCAUAUUAUACAUACAUAUAUAUGUAUGUAUAUGUAUAAUUGAUAUGCUAAAUAUUGUAAAUAAUUUUGUAUACUAUGUUUAUUUUCUGUUUUUUUUUUUCUCUUAACGAUGUAUCAUAUAUGUUAUACAAGUAUCUGCAGCACGCUUCGACAAACUACUAUUAAUUUCAUACAUUGAAAACAUAACUGCGGUAUAAAAGAAUUGAAAUGUUAUACUCAAACGUGUUGUCACUAUGUGAACAGAUGCGAUAAAUUGUAGGUAGUUUAAAUUAACUAUCACGAAGCGACUUCAUGCUGUUGUAACAAAUCAAACGCUAGCUAAUUCACGUAUAUGACGAGUUGAGCGAACAGUGAAUGGGCAAAAUACGCUGGGCACAGUCCAUUAUACAAAUAGAUAUGUCGUUACGUCAUUGUCAUACAAUAGUGCGGAGAUAUACAUAUUGCAUAUUGCAAUAGCGUCAGACGUGUGUCUGGACCGCAAAGAUCAACAGGGACGACGACGACGAAUUUGUCUGUACGCAGCUUUGAGUGAAGCCUUCCGGCUCACAGUGAUAUCAAUUCCUAAUAUUUCCUCCAUGUAUGUAAUCAUACUCGAUUCAUUUAGAAUGCAACGAUUCGUCCGAUUCGUAAUCCGGUGAGAUUUUCACGCCGUACAUUAAUCGUAAUAAUGAAAAUUAUACUUUCGUAACAUAUUGCACGGAAUGGCGAAUGAGUCGUACGAAGUUGAGGUAAAAAGAAAAGUUUUAUUGUAAAUUUUUAUUUCUUAUUUAUUAUCAUUCUGAAUAAUUGAAGUCGAUUAUUGUUACAUAUUUUACACUACUAGUUUUGUAAAGUAAUGUUAUUAUUAUUAUUAUUAUUAUUUUUAUUUUUACCGCAGUAAGAAUACCUAUAAAUAUACGACUCUUUCACGAGCCUGAGAAUCGCAGGUCCAGGUGUAUAGUAACACGUGCAUUACCGAAAAUCCGUAGUUAAUAUGCGAAUGACUGAUUGUGAAAAAUUUUAAAUUAUUUCCAUUACUGUUCACGUUGUGCUAUUUUCGAGAUUCUUUGUUCGCUCGGGAAAGAUUGUCUUGAUUUGAAGAAUGAGGGAAAAAAUACGACUGAUGAAUAAAAUUCUUUGUUUCUAUGCUCUUGAA